GAGAAAGCUUUGGCUGAGCAACAAUGGAGGACACUUACGAAGAAGCCAGCAAGGACACGGAGGUCGCGCCUGCACUCAUAGCAGUCCACCCGACCCAGAAUUCGGUUGCUGUCGCAAUCGGGUCGGACCUUCGCGUCUUCGACCUUAUUGGGGGUUGUGCAGUCUCUUUGGUGGAUGAUUCUGGUGGGUCUCUUCAUAAGGAUUCCAUAAGAGCCAUUCGGUACGGAGCAAGUGGGAAGCUAUUUGUGUCUGCUGGUGAUGAUAAACUUGUCAAGAUAUGGUCAACUGAAUCUUGGCGCUGCAUUAGUACUGUCUGCUCAGAGAAAAGAGUGACUGCAGUUGCCAUAAGCAACGAUGGUUCCUAUGUUUGUUUUGCGGACAAAUUUGGGGUUAUUUGGGUUGUGGAUCUGGAUGUGGAGGGCUUUGAUGGAAACCAAGUGUCUGCUAACAAAAAGGCAGCUCCUAUGCUUUCUCACUAUUGUAGCAUAAUAACAAGCCUGGAAUUUUCUCCUGAUGGGCGAUUUUUUGUCAGUGCUGAUCGGGAUUUCAAAAUACGCGUUAAUGUGUUUCCCAAGAAGCCUUUAGAUGGUGCCCAUGAGAUACAAAGUUUUGCGCUUGGUCAUACAGAAUUUGUUUCCUGCCUUGCUUUUGUUUGCACUCAGGAGUUCCCCCAAGGUUUUCUUGUCUCUGGAAGUGGUGAUUCAACUGUUCGCCUAUGGGAUAUUUCCUCAGGAUCUCUUUUAGAUACUUGUGAUAUUAUAGAAAAGGCAGGACCUUUAGAGUUUAAAGGAAUAGAAGAGGAGUCCUGUGCGGCUGUUACUGAUUUAUGCACUAUCCCAGAUAGUACACUUGUUGCCGUCGCUGUACAAAGUUUGCAAGGGAUUAUAUUGUUGAGAUGCGAUCCUUCUGCUCAAACUCUCGAUGUUGCCAAGGUGGUAACUAUCAAGGGAGAUACAUUUAUUCCUACAAGCCUGGCAACUAGUGUAUCCUCAGGACUGUUGUGGAUGGUAACAGGUGCCUCUAACUUGGGUGGUCUUGAAAGCCCCUCUUUGGCUCGUGUCAGGGUUAUCUCUGACUUUAAGGAAACCACUCCUGAUGUUGAAGGGCCAACUGUUUUGGAAGAUGAUGAGACCCCUGGGGGCGUGAAAUUGCUCGAAAAAUUACAGGGAAGAGUGUCCAUUGACGAAAAGGUUUUCUCAACAGCAGCUGAGGCUUUGAAAAUAUCCAUGAGCAAAUUACUGAUAAAGAAGCAGUACUCUACCGAAAGGCGAGAAUUUAGAAAGAGAGGUAGAAAUGAUAAGAAACUCAAACAGUGAAGGGAUUCCUUCAAUGGCAAAAAGACUACUCGGAACUCUGUAAUCCUCUUUGCUCCUGUAACUCUAGUGAUUUUUCAUUUUUACUCUUUUUUCUCACAUUGUAACAAAAUGCUUGUAUUAGUUUAAGAUAUCAGAAAAGCUGUGCUUUUGG